AUGCCCAAAGAAGUCCCUACUGUUGCAUGGAAAGAAGACAAAAUUGACUUCUUUGGCACGACUAUCCCCGUUUACCUACCAAACACCAUCAAUAAACAUGAGCUUGAAACCUGGCCGGCCUUUAAAAACUGGAAGGCAACACUGCACGCCAACCUCAAAUUGCAAGAGUCCAAGGACCAUGCUUUUCACCAGCACCCUUACAGCCUUAGGUCAAUCGAGGUCACAUCCGUCACGAGGUUUCCCAGUGGCAGAGUGGGAUUCAUCAAAAUUGACGCUGCCGUGGAGCGUGAACCCUUUUCGGAUGAAAACUCACGCGACGCCUCCAAGUCGCUUCCUGGAACUGCCUUUCUCAGGGGCGGGAGCGUGGCGAUGCUCAUGAUCCUCCGGCCCAAAGACUCGAGAGAUGAGCGAUAUGUCAUCUUGACCGAGCAGCCGCGCAUACCAGCCGGGUCACUCAAGUUCUUGGAAAUCCCGGCCGGCAUGCUGGAUGACUCUAAUCACUUCGGGGGUGCCGCUGCCAAGGAAAUCGAGGAAGAAACAGGCUUCAAGAUCCCCGAGUCUGAGCUCAUCGACAUGACCAAACUGGCUCUUGGCAACUCGGGUCACGAUGAGACGAGCCUGCAGUCCGCCAUGUACCCUAGCCCCGGAGGAUGCGAUGAGUACAUUGCGCUGUUCCUGUGGGAGAAGGAGCUGGACCGGCAAGAGAUCGAAGAUCUCAGGGGAAGACUCACCGGAGUCAGGACGCAGAACGAGAUGAUCACCCUGCACGUCAAGGAAUACGAAGCACUGUGGAGAGAUGGAGCUAGGGACGCCAAGACGCUCGCUGCCUGGGCCCUGUAUGAGGGCCUGAACCGGUCGGGGGAGUUGCAGAAAGAAAGGAAGCGGAAGAGGGAGGGCAACAGCAGUGCUCAUUCAUCUCAGGAGUUGCCUAGACACAGCAAGGCGUCGAAGAGGUCAUGA